ACCAUCUGAACUGAUAGUCAUGAACUCAUGGUUAGUAGUUCGAAUAACAUUUUUCGAUAUUAUGUCUAGGCCAACGAAACAGAUAUACCAAAGGUAAUAAAAUUAUCCGAAAAUUUUAAACAAUUUUAUUCAAAACAUGUAAUAUUAUCCAAGUUCAUCAAGAAUUACUUUCUUGUUGAAAGACAAAAGAUUAAGUAAAACUAUGAGGAAACCAGAAACUGACUUAACUUAUUAACUAACAGCCAUUAAAACAUCAUUCAAGGUGGUUUGGUUUCCUUGCUUCUGUUAAAUCAACAAACUAACCUUUACUUCAUUUUCACUUUACAUUUGUAUGGUUAAAUGUACAACUUAAAUAAAUGAAACAAAAAAUCAAAUUGUUAAUAACUGUAUUAUUGUCAUUCAAAAUUAUUUGUUACUAUGUUCAAUGGUCACUAUAUUAGCCUGAUUGCUCCACUUUUUUUAAUACUCGUUAGCUGUGAUCAAUUAAAUGAUCUAGAAGAUACGUUGAAAAGACUUACCAUCAAUGUUGGUCAAAUUGUAAAUCGAGUUAAAACUAGAACUGGAAUACGAAAUUUGAUCCACUGUAUUAGACCCAGAAAAAAGACAAUCAAUAAGGAAAUUGUGAUUAAUGCUUGCAAAGUGGAAUCGGCACUGAAUGCUCUUCGUUUAACAAUCGCUUCUGCACGGGAAUCCAAUAAUCCUGAAUUAAUAAAACUUGCAAAAGAACAAGCAGAGGAGCUUGAUGAUUUAAUCAACUUGAUUGAAGCAAUACUUAAUUUUUAAGCAUUUAUUAAACAAUAUAAUAUUUAAUGAAAAA